AUGGCACCUGGAAAUUAUGUUGUUUUGCAAGGAGCAAGAAAUUUCAGGUUGCGGAUUGUGCUUUCAACGCUGUCUGGAAGGCCCAUUAAGGUCGAGAAAAUACGGUCGGAAGAUUUAAACCCAGGAUUAAGAGAUCAUGAGGUGUCUUUCUUGAGAUUGAUGGAAGCAAUGACGAACGGGAGUUCGAUCGAGAUCUCGUACACGGGUACGACGGUUAUCUACCGUCCGGGUAUUAUUACGGGUGGUAGUUACACGCACAAUUGUCCGGCGGGGAAACCAGUGGGUUAUUUCGUGGAACCCAUGUUGUAUUUGGCUCCGUUCUCAAAAAAAAAGUUUUCGAUCCUGUUCCGGGGCAUUACGGCUUCCCACACAGAUGCUGGCAUUGAAGCUAUCAAAUGGGGGCUUUUACCAGUGAUGGAGAAAUUCGGUGUGAGAGAAUGCGCUUUGCAUACGCUUAAGCGCGGUUCCCCACCACUAGGCGGCGGAGAAGUACAUUUAAUCGUGGAUUCUUUGAUUGCACAGCCCAUUACAAUACAUGCUUUAGAAACUCCACUCAUAUCGUCGAUCAGAGGCGUCGCUUACUCGACAAGAGUGAGCCCUUCCAUUGUUAAUCGGAUGGUUGACGGCGCGAAAAAAGUGCUUAAGGAUGUGGGUUGCGAAGUCAAUAUCACUGCAGAUGUAUGGAGAGGCGAUAAUUCUGGUAAGAGUCCCGGUUGGGGGCUCACGUUGGUUGCAGAGAAUAAGCAGGGUUGGCGGUAUUUCGUAGAAGAUAUCGGUGGUCCCGGUGCGAUUCCGGAGGACAUGGCAUGUGGGCUUGCUUACCAGUUACUCGAAGAGAUUUCCAAGAGUUCCGUCGUGGGCAGAAGUCAGCUACCGUUGGCGAUGGUGUUCAUGGUAAUCGGCAAAGAAGAUAUUGGGAGAUUAAGAAUUACUAAAGACCAAGUUGACGAGAGAUUUAUCGGACUAUUGAGGGACAUUAAACAUGUCUUUGGCAUAGAGGCUAUUUUGAAACCGGUUAAUGAGACAAACUCAGACGAUUUGAUCCUGACUAUAAAAGGCAUUGGUUUUACCAACACAAAUAAAAAAAUUGCAUAG